GUUGCGUGUCGGUGUCGGUGCCGGUGGAGCGGAGCGCCCGCACCUCAGGCUCGGCGGCGGCGGACUAUAAGAUUCAGCUAUGUCCUUCAUAUUUGAUUGGAUUUACAGUGGUUUCAGUAGUGUAUUACAGUUUUUAGGACUGUACAAGAAAUCGGGCAAACUAGUGUUUCUUGGACUGGACAAUGCUGGAAAAACUACGCUGCUGCACAUGCUCAAAGAUGACAGGCUGGGACAACACGUCCCCACGUUACACCCCACUUCAGAAGAGCUGACAAUUGCUGGCAUGACUUUCACUACCUUCGAUCUGGGUGGGCAUGCUCAAGCUCGCAGAGUGUGGAAAAACUAUCUGCCUGCGAUUAACGGCAUUGUGUUCUUGGUGGACUGUGCAGAUCAUGAAAGAUUGCUUGAAUCAAAAGAAGAACUUGAUUCACUAAUGACAGAUGAAACUAUUGCUAAUGUGCCUAUCCUAAUUCUUGGUAACAAGAUUGACAGACCUGAAGCCAUUAGUGAAGAGAGGUUACGAGAGAUGUUUGGUCUGUAUGGCCAGACAACAGGAAAGGGCAGUAUACCACUGAAAGAAUUGAAUGCAAGGCCACUAGAAGUGUUUAUGUGCAGUGUGCUAAAGAGACAAGGCUAUGGAGAAGGCUUCCGUUGGAUGGCACAGUACAUUGAUUAAUGCCAAAAUUGCAUCAGUACCUUCUGUCCCAUGUCUGAAUAUUAAGUCUGCUCCUUAUUUGAUCACUCAGUGUACGUAACUUGAAUUCAUUUGACUGUUUAGUUAUAAAAAUACACAUUUUUAGCUAAUUAUAUCACGUAUGCUAAAUUGUAAGUGUGAGGACUGAAAAAUUAUUUCAAGCAAGUUUGUAAGUUUAAGUACCACAACCUGUGAGCUUUCUAAUCUCAUGCAACGUUCUUUUGCAGCUUUUAAUUUAACAAGUCUCCGGCACCAUUUUUGGUCAGAGCAACUUUCCAGUACAGUAUGUUUGAAUGCACUUUUUAACAGCUAAAAACUACGAACAUGUGAAAAAUAUUUAAUGCUUAUGUUAAAUUUUUUUAUGUACUUUUUUGAAACUGGUUUUAUAACUUUAGAGUAUAUAACCAUCUUUCAAGGAAUAAUAAAUAAUUAGCUGAUGGAUAAUUGCAUGAUGCCUUACGGUUUUCAAUAAUAUACUUUCUUAUGCAACGUCAUGCAAUAAAUUUAAAUCCAGUUUUUGGC